CAGGCCACGCCCCCGACCUGGAGAGGCGUCCAUCGCGCGGCGGCCGCGCUCCUGGGCACAGGCCGCGGCUUGGCCACUACCCUUGAUGGGGCUGUGCUGCACGGAGACGCCAGUGUCCGCUCGCCUGCCCGUGAAGGCCUCAGCCCCCGCCGCCGUGGGCCCCCAGCAUGCAGCCCCCGGACAGCAGCGUGCAUUACAGCAGGUGGGACGACAGCAGCCGGGAGGAAGUCAGCAUGGCGUCCGUGUCCGGCCUGGAGGAGGCCUCGUGUUGUGAGAGGACCUCCCGGAAGCUGUGCACGGGCAAGCUGGGGCUGGCCAUGAAGCUGCUGGGCGGACUGGCUCUCUUCUGGGUCAUCUUCAUCCUGGGAUAUGUCACGGGUUACUAUGUGCACAAGUGCAAAUAAAGGCUGCGCGUGGCACAGUC